GGGCUCGUCAGAAGCAGCUCGGUCGUAGCAUGUAAACAAAAAUCCACGAUGGCUUAAAACUGUAAGAUCCAUCUAUGUUCUACCGCUCGUCCAUUGCCAGUAAUUGUAAUUCACCCUAACGCGCUGCGGUUGGUUAACACACUUCACAUCAUUCGGGAAAGCCAACACUCGUAAAAGUGUGAAAUGUUUGCCCCUAAAAAUGCCCAGACACAGUAUAGUUCGCUAUGUGGUCACGUGAGGACGUCGCAACCGGUACGUAGAGAGUCCGCGACACAGUUAACGCCCCCAGCUGUCCUUGUAGCUCACGCUUGUUAUCUGCUUCAUGACCGCCAUACCAAACAUGGUUCAACUGAGUAGAGUUUGCCUCCGGAAAUAUGGACAUUUUGUGGACAACAUCCGCCUGUAUGUCCGCGCAGGCACAGGUGGUAUGGGUUUGCCUCGCCUUGGGGGGUACGGAGGACAGGGUGGAAAUGUCUUGUUGGUCGCCACAGAGAACAUGACAUUGAAGAGGAUCAAAGACAAGCACCCUCAUAAACGGUUUCUAGCUGGCGUAGGAGCGAACAGCAGUGUGCGUUCCCUGAAAGGUGAAAGCGGAAUGGACAAAGAGAUUUUGGUUCCAGUGGGUGUCACAGUCACCACAGAUAAAGGCAAGAUAAUUGGAGACCUUAAUGCAAAGGGUGAUCGUUUGAUGGUGGCCAAAGGAGGACACGGAGGAUCUUUGUCCUCUUCUUUUCUGCCCAGUAAAGGCCAGUCAAGGCAGAUCAAAUUAGACCUCAAACUCAUCGCUGACAUGGGCCUUGUUGGGUUCCCAAAUGCGGGCAAGUCGUCCCUGCUGACAGUUUUGUCUAAUGCCACCCCUCAGAUAGCCAAUUACCCUUUCACAACGUUGCAGCCUGAGAUUGGUAAAUUAUUAUAUGAUGACCACAAGCAGAUCUCAGUCGCGGACCUCCCAGGUUUGAUUGAAGGUGCACACAUGAACAAAGGAAUGGGACACAAGUUCCUUAAGCAUGUGGAGAGAACCAAGCACCUUCUCUUUGUGGUUGAUGUUUGCGGAUUCCAGCUCGCGAGUCAAACAGCGUUCAGGUCGGCCUUUGAAGCGGUGCAGCUCCUCACUAAGGAGCUAGAGUUGUACAAGGAGGAGCUUGUGAACAAACCAGCACUGCUGGUAGUCAACAAGAUGGAUCUGCCGUCUGCUGAAGAGAACCUGGAGCAGCUAAAAGAGCAGCUACUAAACCCAGAAGAUUACUGCAGGACAUUGCUGCCCACUGACUUGAUACCAAAGGGUCACAUGACAUUCAGGCACGUGGUUCCUGUCUCCACUACUACCGGGUUUGGUGUGGACCGAUUGAAAGGUUUAAUUCGGGAGUCGCUCCAGGAGGCAGACGCCAUGGAUACUGAGCCCUUCCGUCAGGAAAGACUGCAGCUGCUGAGGCGAUCACUGUAGUUAGUGUUACUUUAAAAACAUGGAUUAUGUUAUUAGUCCUUUAAAGGGGUCAAAUUCUAAUUAUUUUUCUACAUUUAAAACACUUCUGUGUUGUCUUCAUAAUAUUUAAUGGUGUUGCUUGGAUUAGUUUUAUGGCUUAUCUUCAAGCCGCUUUCUGACCAUCUCUUAAGGAUGCGCUGUUUUGUGGACGAUCUUAUUUAUGUGACUUCACCUCGAUUGCGUCUUCUCCCCAUCUUUCAUAUAUUUUUAGCGCUUCCAUAUGGAGUCUACUUACAGAUAUUACUUCAAACUAUACACUACUUUGGAGGGAUGGAUGUAUUAGAAAUGGCAACAGCGGAGAAAGCAUGUUCAUGUACGAGACACCAAUGAAGCAAAUUCCAAACGUCUUGUUUCCCAAAAGUAUGAAGAAAGGCAAGAUGGUUUUAUAAAUAUUUUUGCAUGGCCACCAUAGUUUGAUUUUACAUGUUCGGGACUUAUGCGGAUCCCAAAUACACAAAAACAGGUACAAAUGCAGGUUUAUGAGCGUGGUCACCAUGACGUCAUUGACUCAUUUGCAUAAUUUCCUAAACUAUUUUCUUUAAAAAGCUCAAAAAUGUGUACAUACAUGGUAAACAUUUAUAAUGAAUUAGUUUGUUGUUUUUAACGUUUUGCCCUAUUUUCAAUUGUUGCUGCUUUUUGUACAAUGUACUGUUGAGAUUUUUUUCAAGUGUUCCAGACUUUUGAGGGUUUUUUUUUAAUUAAAAACAACUAGCAACAAA